UCCUGUGUGCACCAAACCACCCUUGCAAGCAAACUAGCAAUAUCGAGGUUAUCUGCACUCAGUUGUGAGCGAAUGACCAAUCAAAGGUCAGUGAGUGAAGAAACGUCAUGACACACGGCAGCCAAUCAAAUCACUCCGUUUACAUCAAAUGAGGUCAAUGGGUCUCGAGUCUAUAGAGAACCGUGCCAACAAAGUCUCGAUGGCAAGGAAAAUCCCAAUCAUAACUAGAGCUUAUUUACGGAAUGUUAAAGCCACGCGAGACUUGGCUUCAAGUAGAUAGGGUGGAUUUACCUCAAGUAGGCCAUGUGGUAUCCCAAAGGCAAGGUCGAGAAAUAAACAGAAAUGCGCGCACUGUUUACGUAUGCCCACUUUCACGUUGAUCCAUGAAAAGAGAAAGAGACUUUUUCACCUAAGAUUACUGUUUUCAAAAUAAGAAUAAUCAGUAAAAUCAAGUUUGCUAACUUAAGUAAGAAACUCUGAAUCUUCAGUGAAUGUAUAAUUUCUUUUCUAUAUCGAUCCGAUCGACUAGUUUGUAAAUUCCACAUGGGAACAAACUGAGCACCUGAACUGGACUAAACACAGUUACCAUACGUCGGUUAGUCACGUGACGUAUGACAGACAGCCCCACCGUGCAUGACGUGUAGGACGUGUGUCUCGAAAGAAGUUAUAAUAACUGUUUUCAUAGACCACCCUCAUACACACCUCUCAAACUUGUGGAUGCUACAUGCCCUUCCUUCAAACGCAUUCUGCCAAAACUUCAAUUCUGUAACAAACAAAAUAUUCACUAUUCGUCGUAAAACAAAACAAGUUCAGACUGCAACUGUUUUUAGUUGGAUUUUGCCGUCUUUGAGGAAAUCUAGACCUCCUGCAGACACACAUCUUCGUGAGAUGUUGAUUGGAAAAGGCUUUGCCAUAAAACUCCACUAAAGCUGUCGAGCUGAGGUUGCCCGCGUCGACUUUCCCCCGGAAUUGCUCAAUCGUUACCCGGCCUGGCUUCAUACCGAUAAACGCUUCGCUUGAACCCACCAAAUGACAUGGCUCUCCGAGGGAAGAAGCGCGAGUACUUGUUUGUUGUUUUUUUGAUUUUGAUGACGAGUUCGUCAAAAGCUGAUAUUCCAACAGUCGUGACCCAUGUUGACGAUGAAAAGGGAACAUGUCACUAUGAACUCAAGAUUCCCGCUCAGUCAUGCAAACAGUGCAAGUGUCAACCCGACAGUUUGGGUCAUGUUGUUGAUGAACUAGAAAGACGUCUUUUUGCUGUUGAAAAGCAGAUCCAGCAAAUAACGAGUUUGGAGCCUCCCGAUUUAGAUAUAUCCGAAUAUUCGUCCACUACUCUCUCCUCUAUCAUCGAGAACGAUGACCCCUAUGCCUCACCCUUGUUCACCAAUGAGGGCGCUUCGGUCGAAGAGCUCUUGUCCUCGAGCUCAGACCAGGACGAUUUGGUGCCACUGCCGUCCAAUCCGGAGACGCGUUCAGCUGCCACUGACCAGGGGAAUGAUCUGGGAACGCCCGGACAAGCUGAGAUCAAGGAGGGUUUCCCCGCCAUAAACCCACCUGGAUUCAAGGGACAAAUAGAGGCAGUUCCCGGGGACGAGGAAACCUCAACAGUCAUAGAACUAACAGCAUUGGAGAAACCCUUGCCGUUGUAUCCUAACCAAGUCACCGACUCUCCACCUGCCAAGGAGGAAACCCGGAGCAGGGAUAUGGAGCAUUUCCCUGGCAAGCUUGAGGGAGAUAUCACCGGGACGACAGAAGCUGAUGAAGGUACUCCACCAGUGAAAGGGACGGAGAAGCCAAGAGGUGCGAAGCUGGGUAUACUGAGUGGGAGAUCUGCUGGCGACUUGGACUCAGCUUCAAAGGCUUCAAGACCAUCAUCAUCGGUCACCGAUGUGCCGUUGUUUGGCGCUGGCGAUGACAGUGACACUGUCGACCAGAAGAAGAAACCGCGUUGGAAGCUCCAUGACAGACCUUCAGCGGUUCACCGACCGCCGGACAGCCGGUCCGCGCCCCGCGAGCUGCUGGGGCGUGCAGGUGCCAACUGCAUGGACGGAUGUAGCUGCAUGAGGGUCUGGGGUUACUGGCAGGACGGUGUGUAUGAUAUCAGUAACCCCCCAGGGUCGGGGAAGAAGGGGGAAUCUGUGCCGGCUUACUGUGACAUGAGCACGGAUGGGGGCGCAUGGACCGUCAUCCAGAACAGACAGGACGGUUCAAGGAACUUCUAUCGUCAAUGGUCAAGCUACGCCAACGGUUUCGGCCAGCUCGAGUCUGACUUCUGGCUAGGAAACAACCUACUGCACGGGCUGACUGCACGACUCCCCUACCAACUGCGAAUCGAGUUCAGUGAUUGGGAUGAUGAGCGUGGAUACGCUGUGUACGAUCGCUUCAUGGUCGGCAGUGCAGACGACAAGUAUCGGCUGGUACUUGGCGAGUACAUCGCUGGUAACCGUGGGGACUCUCUCUCCUACCACAAUAACAGUCUCUUCAGUACUCAUGAUCAAGACAACGAUGCCUCUACCGAGGUGAACUGCGCCCAACUCCGCCAGGCGGGCUUCUGGUUCCUAGCCUGCAAUCAGGCCAACCCUAACGGACGCUACAUCUACAGAGAGGACGCUACCGGGCUACAAGGGGGUGUCAUCACCUGGGGUUCGUGGGAAGGGCAUGGAUUUACCUACGCCCUCAAGACCUUCCGUAUGAUGAUCAGGCCCGUACAUUACGAUAGGAUUCUCUACUAUUAGAAUAAAAAGAGGUUAACCACGGCACAUACGUUACUAAAAGUUUGAGCCGAAUCGGUACUACAGGGCUCUUUUGCCAAAACUCGGCUUCGUUCCAGUGCGGUGUGAGCACUGGUUACUUAGGAGUGCAUUGUGCGAGAAAGAACGUUGACAUCACAUCUGAUUCUGACCUCAUACUGCCAUAAUUUGACGCUAAACACGUACACUUGUUCAAUCUUUUUAUUGAAAGUGAAACAAAAGCAUGUAAAAUCAAAAUUGCAGGGGAGACAACGUGACAAAUAUUUUAAUCACAAUUUGUUUCAGAUUUACAGCUGGUGCUUAUCAGUGGUUCGUCCCGAAAAAAAUAAGACUUAUAACGGAUGAUUAACAACUUAUUUAUG